AUGGAUUUGAGUACAGGGGAUCGGGAUGAAAGUGGAAGGGGAAGGGAAAGGGAAAGGGGAAACUCGAAUUUACAGUCGCAACUACAAUCGCAAUCGCAGGUUUCGCGGGAUGAGAAUCCCCAGACGGUUUUAAAUAAAUUACGCACAAAUACAAAUUAUACGAAUUCGACGGAUACAAAUAUUGAGGCAGGGUCGGGCUCGAAUAAAUUAUAUACAGAGAGGCAGAGGCAGAGGCAGUGUCCAAGUCCGGGUGGGCGAAUUGAUAGGGAGAGUGGGAGUGGGAGUGGGAGUGGGAGUGGGAGUGGGAGUCAAAGAAUCAAAGAGGGGAAGAGACAGAGGAUUGAUGGUAUUUUGGAGCAGGCGAGGAGUAGGAAGGUGAAGAUGACCGAUGAGAAUACUGAGAGGGGGGGAGGUGGGGUCGAAACCCAAAGUCCUGCGAGGAUAGGUAAUUGGGAUGGGAAUGGUAAUGGUAAUGGAAAUGGAAAUGACAGAGAAAGUAGAGGGGAAAGCAGCGCAGAGGAAGAAACAAGCGUAUUUCAACGCGACGCAGCUAUAAAUUAUGGAGGUGUUGGUGUCGGAACCGCCGUAUACAUGACCGCAGAUACGAAUAAUGGAAAUAAAAGUAUAAAAAGGAAGCUUGGAGCAAACAACAAAGAUAAGAGAGGAGGAAUAUGGGGAACAGGAAGAGGAAGAGGUUUUGAUGGAGCUGAGCAUGACGAGAGAGAAGAAAAUAAUGAUAGAGGGGUGAAUAGCUAUGAAAUUGGAGAAGAUGAGAAUAGGGAAAUUGAAAGCGGAAGGAUACAGAAAUGGUGGAAGAGAAUGGUGGAGGAAUAUGGAAGUAUUGAGUUGGAGAAUAAGGGGAGUGUUGCGAGAGAUCAUUUGGCGCUUGAAAGGACAUUUUUAGCUUGGUUACGAACCUCCCUCGCCUUCGCCAGUAUCGGCAUUGCAAUUACCCAACUGUACGUUCUCUCCUCAUCCCUCUCUCCAUCUUCCCUCUCACUAACCCUCCCUCCUCACCUAGCUUCCGCCUCAACACCUCCUCCAGCAGUACUCCUCUCCCCACAGAUCCCCACAACCAUCUCCGUCACCUGGGCAAACCUCUAG